UUGUCCAAACAUGACCGCGUGUGCUGUGUACAGGUAGAAUAGAUACAAGGUGUACCUCUUUUUGUACCUCAUGGCUUCUGUCAGGGACCUGCAAGCUCAACGAGUUGAAAAUAAUAAUACACGCACUCUGUUGAACUCAGAAGGCGUUUAUGAAGCAGCAGAAGAUAAUUCAUCCCAGCUCAUUCUGGAGAACCCCGAUCCUGAUAUCGUCAAAACAAUCUCACAUUAUUUCGAGGCUGCUCUCAGUGGGCAGAAAUAUGUGUUAUCCCAUCCCGUCACAGACCAUGGCACUGAGUCUUCAGCAGACAGUAGGGAUUCAGGGGACAGCCUGUUCAUAACUCAAGUGCCAGUGUCUGAGGUGGUGAGGUCUGUGAGAAGAUGUCACUCAAAGGAGAGGUCAGAGUUCACAUGUACCAUAGAAUCAGAGGAGGAGAGCGGGGAGGAAGAUGGACCUGCCACUCCCCAAAGGAAGCAGCAGGUCUCACAUGCAAUGAAACAUCACAAGAGGAAAGCAGAGAAGCAUGGCCUGAAAAAGUACUCCUUUCCCUUCCUGGGGAGCGUUUACAGAAGUAAACCCCUAUCUAGUCGAGAGAGGACUUACAGAAACACACACCUACCACUAUUAAAGAGUGUGACCUUCUCGAGUAAGGCAAUUGGAGGCUUUUUUAGAUGCGUCAAAACACUGAAGAAGUUCUCUAAAGGAAAAGCGACUUUAGCCUCAGCUUUACCAAACAGAUAUCUGGAUGAGGAAGGUGAACUGUCUCCACUGUCAGAACAGGAGGUGGAAUCUGAAGGUAGUGAUGAUGACAUCAGAGUGGUGGAAAAUACACUUUUAAUGCCAUUCCUGAAAAAGAAAAAUAGGCAAACUUGGUGUCAUCCAUCAUCUGAAGCUGAAAAGCAAUGCAGAAAGUUUUCAUCUGUAAGCAAAUACUUCACCAAAGACUCCACAUCAGUAAGCAAAGACUCCACCGCCAAGACAAAGAAACGGAGCACAAAGAAAACACAACACCUCCCUCAUGUUAAACAAACUCUUUCCUUGGUUUCCAAAAUGAUUAAAGACACACCAUCAAAGCGGAGUUUUGCUGGUUCACGGCGAAUCGUACCUGAGAAAUGUAACAUGGCAGAAAAAGAGACUAACCCAGAGUCAAUGAGUUGCGUUAGGAGAUGUUCAUCUGGUAGGAGUUUGGUCCGCAAUGAAACAGAAGAACCUGGGAUACAUUUAGCUGACAAUACAGAUGGACAUGAAGAGAACGACAACAUGGACAUUUCAUUGACAGAAUGGAAGACAAUGCUGAAUAUCGGAUUUGUCAGUGAGGAAGUAGAGGGGACUAGAAUAGACCAGGCAGUGGACAUAACGAGUUCACCUAUUAAUGAAGUGCAGGAAAGUGAAGGAAGCUGUUUGGAGAGGACCCAAGUGGGCAGAGCCAUGACCCCCAGUGUGACUGGGCAGAGCCCUGAUCGUGACCAUCAGAACCAGACAAGAGAAACAGAGGCUGAUCCUGGAACUAAAGGUCACAACCCCCCUUCAACAGAACCAGAGCUCACAGAUGACUGUACAAAUGUUGAUGUUGGGGGAGAUUAUGAACAGAAGGGAAAGAAGAGGAAGAAAAAGAACAGGAAAAGAGAGGGAGGAGAUGGUGAAAGUAUAGAGGAGCGAGUUGGGCAGCCUCCAUGCCAAGAGGCUCCAGAUUAUCAGGAACUAGUCACCUGUGUGAGUACAAGCACCAUACAGGGAGGAGAGGCUACUGAGAGAACCCAGGAUAACAAGGCAGAGCAUUCUGUUUCCGCGUCUGGUGAAAUGAUUAUGCCACAGAAAAAGAAGAGAAAAAAGGAGAGGAGGAGGGAUUCACCAUGCCAUGCUGAUACAGAUAUAGGCCUAAAACAGGAAGAGAACCCCAAGCUAUCAUCCCAUGCUGGAGGUGGUGCUAUAGUUCAGACCGAAGACAUAGAACUGAAGAAAAUGAAGAAAAAGUAUAAGAAUUCCACAGCACAUGCCAUCCUGGAGGAAGGACCAGAAAAAGGACAUUUUCCAAAUUUGAGUUUGGAAUCACAGUUAGAUGAGGUAAUAGGACCCCAAAAGGGAACAAACAUUUCAACCCUCCCUGAAGAUACUGUCACAAACCUACAGGUAAAUGCUACUGAUAUAAGACAGAAAACAAUUGAGUGCUCUAUAGUCCAACUUACUAAAUUGGUAGCCCAGAGAAAGAAGCAUAAAACCAUGGCACCAAUAGACAAUUCUUUGGCACAGAGUGACGGCACAAUUUAUUUUAGGAAAAAGAAAAAGGCAAAGAAAGAUGGGGAUUCCUGCAGCAAUGAAAUGGUGGGAAAUUAUACUGAAAUUCCUCUGACUACAAGUAUUUUAUCUCAAUCUGGUCAAAUCAAUACACUGGAGAAGAAAAAACGCAAACGAGAUAAGAAACAGAAUUCUGACAUUCAUGAAGAUUCUGAGGCCAGACCCAAAGAGAAUGUUGUGAGCCAUGAGAGGUCUGAAGACAAGGUCACGGAGAAGAAGAGGAAAAAGAAGAAGAGGAGGAAAUCUUCAACUGACGAUGGCGCCGUUGUUCAACAACAAGAGGAUAAUAUUCAAAAAUUCCAUAUCACCCUCAAGAGUUCUGUGUCUGAAUCCAAUGACACUGUGCCACCAAGAAAAAAGCGGAAGAAAGAUAGGGAUUUAGUAGCUCCUUUGAGCACAGAGGAGAGACAUCAAAAGGACAGCAUACCACCUGAAACAGAUGAGAUCACUAGCCCAAGAAAGAUGAAGAAGAAAAAGCGAGAUGGGUCUAAAGACACUUGUUCUGUCAUACACAAGGAUACAGCAGCUCCACUGGAAAAAGAGAGUAUUGGCAUAUCUUUGGAGGGGUGUGAGAGGUCUGCUUUGACUCCAGAUGACACAGUUUCUCAGAGAAAAACUAAGAAAAAUAAGAAUUCCCUCACCAAACAUGAUCCUGAGGGAAGACUGAAAAAUGAUGCAACUAAAAUAUCUCAGAGGAUGAGCGCAACUGUAAAAAAUUCUAGACCAGAAGAGAAAAAAGAGAUAGAUACAACUGAAGUGAGACUUGAAGCUGAAAGUGCCUUUAUAUCCUUAGAGAGAAAGAGGAAAAAGACAAAGAGGUGGAAAUCCACUGAUUACGAAGUACCAGCGGUAGGACAUCAAGAUAAUGAUUACACUGCAAUAUUAAUUGAAACGACCCAGAGUUCUAUGACCCAAUACACAGAAACAGAGUCACAGAAGAAGAAGAAGAAAAUAAAUGAUAACACUGCAAUGCUAAUUGAAACGACCCAGAGUUCUAUGACCCAAUACACAGAAACAGAGUCACAGAAGAAGAAGAAGAAGAAAAUAAAUGAUAACACUGCAAUGCUAAUUGAAACGACCCAGAGUUCUAUGACCCAAUACACAGAAACAGAGUCACAGAAGAAGAAGAAGAAGAAAAGAAAUGAUAACACUGCAAUGCUAAUUGAAACGACCCAGAGUUCUAUGACCCAAUACACAGAAACAGAGUCACAGAAGAAGAAGAAGAAAAUAAAUGAUAACACUGCAAUGCUAAUUGAAACGACCCAGAGUUCUAUGACCCAAUACACAGAAACAGAGUCACAGAAGAAGAAGAAGAAAAUAAAUGAUAACACUGCAAUGCUAAUUGAAACGACCCAGAGUUCUAUGACCCAAUACACAGAAACAGAGUCACAGAAGAAGAAGAAGAAAAUAAAUAGAAAAACUAACAAGGAAUCAGUUGCCCCGAAGCACACAGAUGGAAGACAGACCGGGGAGAUGUCAGAGGCGACGUCAGACUGUCUGCCUUUACCACAGAUUAAUCCUGAUCCUGUAUCAAUCUCCCAUGAACUGGUUUCAUCAGCAGAGAAGAAGAAGAAGAAGAAGAAAAAGAAGAAGCAUGGAAAAGAUGCAAAUCAGGAUUACCUCGCAACGAACACAUUGACUCAGUGGUGAUGACAUGAAGCAUGCCAUCUGAAUAAAACAACCCAUAGCUUGGAGAGGAUUUUUGAUGGGUGGCCUUUGGUUAUAAGGGAAAAUACUUUAUUGUUUAUUGUACACCACCUCUAUGAUGGUUGUUCUUCCACUCUUUAGAGACACUUGUAUGCGCAUUCAGAUGAUAAAUGUGCAUGCAUAGGCUAGUCAGAUAAACUGAACGUUUUCAGUGUAAGUGACAUGUUUAUAACUUGGAUUCGAAUGUCAUGAUGUUUCAUUAGUCCUACUACAUAUAAUGUAUGCCAGUGCUGCAUGAGAAAGUGGUUAAUGUGUACAUUUGACAAGAUUUGUUUCUUGUUCAGUUUUGAAAUAGAUUACAUUUCUAAUGUAAUUCCCUUCAGUAAGGGACAUUGCUGCAAUAUCCUUUGUGUGCAGUGCAUCAUAUGAAGGCCUAGUCUAAACAUUGUCUCCACAACCAUUAUAGUAAUACUUUUUAUAUUGGCUCCAAACAAGUGUAUUUGUAAGUAUGACUGUCUAUUGAAGGAUGCACAAUAAAUGUACAGUUU